UGUCACAUGGGGCAACUAAGAAAAAGAGGCAAAGAUUCAUUUAUAUUACAGUUAGGACAGCUCAGACCAGACAGCAUCAUCAAUCAAGUGCAGCAGCAGAUAAGGGCUUCCUCAUCUCUUCAUCAUUCACUCUACCGCCACCGCCGUUUAAACUUCCAGUUCAGUUCCGGAUAAUGCUAAUAUGAAGAACUGUUGGUUUUUCGACAACAAUUUUAACGGUGUGUCGGAUGAGAUUCUUGGUGAUGUUGUUGAGUUUUUUGAUUUUCCACUUGAUGAUGAUGUGGAAACUGAUGUUGUGGAACAAGAUUGGAAUGACCAAUUCAAACACAUUGAAGAGCCAUCUCUUGGUGUUUUCUCAGUACCAUCGUUUGAUUUGUGCGGCCAAACUCAAAAUGAGAAACCAAAUCUUGUGAACAAUUUCUCUGCUUCUGAACUUUCUGAUAUUGACAGAAGAAAUAUUGUUAAUUCGAGCUUAAAAGAACGACGAGGACUACUUCCAAAGACUGCUGGAGCUAAAUAUGGCAAAACUAUUCCAAUCCAAAACUUCUCUUUCAAGGGAACAAAUUUGCUCCAAUGCCAAACCUACAGCCCAGUUUCAGUUUUUGAAAGCAGUAGUUAUUCCUCAGUUGAGAACUCCAACUUUGAGUUACCAUUGAUCCCGGCAAAGCGUCCUCGCAGUAAACGCCGGCGUCUCUCAAGCUUCAACAAGCUUUUCUUAAUUCAAUUCAUACCUCCUUUUCAAAAACAUCAAUCCAAAACACAGCGUGCUGGUAAGCAAAAAAGAAAGGAUAUCUCGCAGCGGAGAGUCCAAAGAAAGCCAACGAAAAAGGAUAAUACCUCACAGCGCGCCGAUGAUAUCAAGAUGAAGAGAUCCUCAUUACAGGAAUCAGUUACCCCCAGAAAAUGUACUCAUUGCGAGGUGACAGAGACUCCGCAAUGGAGAGAGGGGCCUAAAGGUCCGAAGACCCUAUGCAACGCGUGUGGAGUUCGAUACCGGUCGGGCCGCCUCUUUCCUGAAUACAGGCCUGCAGCUAGCCCAACCUUUGAAGCAUCAUUGCACUCAAAUUCUCACAAGAAGGUUAUAGAAAUCAGGAACAAGGUGAACAACGAGACUGAUAAAGGUUCUUCUAUUUUGUAUUUAUCAUCAAACUUUUGAGGAAAUUUUCUAGGAUAAUAUUAUUAUGUUAGAGAUAUUAUUGAGAAAGAACAAAUGUUAGUCCUAGACAAUAUUCUAUUUCUUUAACGUUAA